UCCACUCGAAAAUAUUAAUCUUUACCUAUUAUAAUAUUUAAUACUCAUAUUGGUUAUUAUUCUCAAAGUGUAAAGGUGAAAAGGUUUACCGACAAUUAAAUCACAAGGAGGCCGAUUACCUACUCGCGAGGAACUGUGUAAAUUAUCAUUUUUAAACUUCAAUCUUUAAGUGGAAAACUUAUAUAGGUAUAUGUUAUGUAGAAGGAAAUAUUAAGUGACCAAUUGUGGUGAAAAAAAGGAAUUGACUAUUCCUCUUUUUAGUGUUGAUGGUUUUAUUUGACUUAAGUAAAUUAAGUACCCGUGUGUACUGUUUGUAACUGUAUUGAUAUUCAAGAUGGCAGUAGCCACGGAGUCGGAAGUGCUGCGGAAGUAUUACUCCGACAGCGACUACCUGAGUUCUCCCGAGGGGAUUAUGAAGCUGAUCGCUAUCCUGGGCUGUCUGUGUUCAGCCGUGCUGUUCCUGGCGGGCGGGGGCUGCGCGGGCGCGAUGGGGCUGGCGGCGGGCGGCGCUAGCGUGGCCUUCAUCACUGCGGGACUGUUGGCUGUGCAGCUGACGGCGACGGUACUCGGCGCGCCACUGUACGCGCCGCAAGUGUGGCUCUACUCCGAUGUGGUGGGCAGCUCGGUCCUCGGCGCGCUGCUGGUGCUGAACGGCGCGCUCAGCGUCACGCUGUGCGAGCUGCGCGGCUUCGCCAGCUAUGUGCAUGCUCCGCUAGCAGCGUGCAACGCGGCCCUAGUCGUCGGUGGUGCCGUGGUCACAUACGCGGCGGUGACGCGACGAUGGGACGCGGCGCGCGGGCCCGCGUGGGAGCCGCGUCGCGAGCCUCCACAGGACGUCGAUGUCUGACAGGCGGCACACAUCGGCCGCGUGUAAGAUACCGUAUUCCGCCUGCGAGCAGCGAGCCCCCACAGAACGUCUAUGUCUGUCAGAUCACGAGUUCAGUGGCAGGAGCCGUAAGUUGCAAAGGAACGCGCUAAUUACAUACUCGUAUGAGAUGCCCGACACGCGACGACGGCAGUUUGAACUUUUAUAAAGUGAUUUUAAUACUUACAAAAUGUGUACCCAGUGAAACAAACUCUUCUACGUAUUACCUAGUAUAUAAUUAAGUAAUUGGUACCUCUAGUAGGCUUCUUAAGUGUAUAUAAUCAUUAUCAACAAACUUCACUGGACCUGGAGAUAGCGCAUACGCUAAAUUAUUGUAGGGAACUAUUGCAACAGUGCCAGCUUGUGUGAAGCAACAGUGCACAGUACAUAGUAUUGCACAAUCGGGUGAGUCCUCUGUCACUAGAAUAGCAAUGUGGGUGAAGUGAAUACCAAAUUACUGUUACCACUUUUAAUAUUUUUCUAUGAAAAAUUUGUACAUACAUGUGUAAGAAUUAUAACAAACAAUAAAAAAAUAUAACAAUACCAACA